CUAACCUUGGGAAUCGUGAGCAUAGGGUGGAUCAGGGAAGUGUCAUCCAAUGGGAGGUGCAGGAAAACAAUAUAAGCUGGCAGCGUUAACAUAUGUAACUUCUUAUUUUGCCUUUGAUGUUUUAGGAGAACAUUUUGCAUAGUGAAGGAGCUUGAUUAGGGCAGUGAUGUACAACAGCAGUUACUCUCAGGCCAACUUUGGCUUGGCUGCCAAGAAGAUGCACAAGUCGAAAGGCAAGAGCUGUGGUUACUACAUGAAGAUUGUCUUCUUUUUCUCCUCACUCAUCCAGUCUCUGAUCAUCGCAAGUCUGGUGCUCUUUCUGGUGUAUGGACAGCCCGAGCACACGGUGGAGGAGAAGAGGCUGCAAGAGUUGGACCAAAGCGUCAGCAAACUCACGAUGGAAAAUUUCAUUCUCCGUGGGAAGGAAAAGAACCUCACCAAAGUUCUGAACGUCACUCUCACUGCAAAGCUGAAAAAUGACAAAGCUCUGGCUGAAUUACGCAGACUGGCGAACACCUCAUCUGUGGCAAUAAGGAGCAUGCAAACAACAAUGUCUCGAUGCGAGAUGGAAAAAAGAAUGGCUGCUCCCCGUGCAUGCCCUCCUACGUUCUGUCCAGAUUCAAGUGACAACAGACGUUUGCAAAGUAUGCUCCAGCAGUCAGAGGAAAUGCUAAAGCUGGUUAAAGCGAACUUUACUCAGACUGUGGCUAAUGUGAGAACUGAGCUGGACAACUCCAACAAAGACAAGGAUGGGUAUCACUUGGAAACUAUUAGACUAAGGCGAGACAAGGCUUUCCUUGAAGAUGAGCUCGCCUUGUACCAAAAGAAGUGCAAAGAGGAUUUUGUCACUUCUUUACGAGGAAUCCCCGACGUCACCAAAGAAUUCCUCAAACGAAUCGAUGACCUCUUCUCAAAACAUAUUUCUUUCCAGCUAACGUGCGAUAAACAAAAAAAUCAGCUUGAAGACAUUCGGGAAAACUGUAGCAGUCUUUCAAGAGAAGUCGAGAACAAGCUCCAGUCAUAUCUGGACAUAGUGGGGAACCAGUUCACAAAAAUUAAUGGGGAAAAUGCCAAAUAUGUGAUAGACAACAUACGCCUGAAAGAGGACGCUACGUGGUGCAAUCAGAAUCGCAGUGCCAUGAUUCGCGAGAGUCGCAGAACUCUUGAGCAACUUCAGCUCAAGAAUGACCAAGACAGUGAAAAACUUCUGCUGGAGAACAGAAAACUAAAAGAUGAUAACAAACUAAAAGGCGAGCUCAUCUCUUUGAGAGAAAAAGAAAUUAAAACGCUCACAAACACCGUUGAGAAUCUCAAUACUUCACUUGCCAACUGUAAGCCGCCAAUGCGAACUAACCCAUUCAUGCCAAACCCCUUUGGUCUGCCAAACAUACCAAAUACUGGUGGGACCGGUAUGAGUUCAACAGGUCUGAGCAAACCAAACUUGCCAUGGACCGGGGCCGGCUCCACGGGAUCAGCAUUUCCCAGUCCUAAUGGUGUAGGAUCAAGCACAAGAUGGGGCAGCACAGGAACAGGUGUGACAGGGUCAUUAAAUACAGCUGUAGGGGGGACAGGGACCCUUUCAGGUGGACUGGGCAGCACAGGAUUAGGUGGGCCAGGAUCAACUAGAACAGGUCUAGCCCAGACAGGGACAAGUAGUUUGGGUGGAGUAGGACCAGGGUUGACAGGAUUUGGCAGUGCUGGAUCAAGCUCUACUGCGACUGGACAAAGUGGAACAGGGUUGACAUCAUUCAGUAGUGCAGGAUCAAGUGGAGUAGGGAUGGGAAAACCAGCGGUAGGAGGUGCAGGUGUUGGCUCACUCGGGUCUAACACACCUGGAUUUGGAACAACUCUUGCGGGAACAAGAACACCAACGGGUGGGACUGACGUAAGCCAAGCACAGAUCAAUCUUCAUUUAAAGGAGCUGCAUCGUUAUUCACUCCCAAAUUGAGGGAGUGAACAAAGUCCUGGCAAAAAUCCCAGCCAGAACUGUCUAUAACGGUUUGAAAAUAGAAAACCUAAAUGUACUGACCCUGCAAAUCUGUGAUGUGAAUACUAAUUAUUAACAUGAAUAUUAAUGACAUUUUGUGGGAUGAAGUUGAUAAU